AUGAUAAGUGACGGGUUGCUGUCCACAUUUAUCACCGUCAACCUGGUCGUCGUCUCCGCAGUUUUGGGCGUUGCGGGGAUCGUGUUCAACAUCCUCAACAUCAUCGUCUUCUUCAGCCUCGGGUUCUCGGACACCACCAACAUCUCCCUGCUGGGCCUGGCCGUGGCGGACGUCGGUGUCCUCUUGAGCAUGGUUGGCUACAGCGUCCUCUACAACCCGCUGACGCUGCAGGUCACCGCCUUUGAAACCGUCGACGCCGUCAACUACGUCGUUGUCGGCACCAUCCACGUCCUGUUUUGUAGAAUAGCCGGGUGUCUGACGGCUUUUAUAGCGGUCGAGAGGUUCAUGUGUGUGGCGUUUCCGCUCAACAUUAAAUCCAUCGUCACGCCCAAAAGGACGUUUUUUGUAGUGACUAGCAUCUAUGUCUUCCUCGUGUCCAGCACGCUGCCCCAGUUUCUAGCCAACCAGAUCGCCCCGAGGUUCAACCCGCAGUUUAACAUCACAGUAAUUGGGAUAGUCUUAUCCCCGCACGCUGACCAGCUGGAGAAUUUCACGCUGACCGUCGACAUCGUCGCCCAAGUUGCGUCCUUUGUCGUCGUCGUAGCGUCCACCCUCGGUUUGGUGAGGUCGCUCGUCAGUGUAGCAAAAUGGAGGAGUUCCACGUCAUCAUCUUCCCAGUCUCUAAAAGUGUCCGGUCGUGACAAGCAACUGGUCAAGAUGGUGCUCCUCAUAUCAGUCGUCUUCAUCUGCUGCUCGCUGCCCACGGUGGUCGGCAACUUGGUGAUGGUAUUCGUCAAGGACUUCAACAUCAAGGGAAGGAACAAGAAUUUAUUCAUUUUUGUCUGUGUCAUAUUUUUCAUCUUGGACGCCAUCAACUCUACCAUUAACAUCUUCAUCUAUUUGAGAAUGAGUUCAAAGUUUAGGGAAAAAUUCUGGUCAAUUUUUCAAUGC